AUGACCUUCAAAGACUUUUGUAUCCAAAGAUCACAAUCAAAGGAUGCAGCUGAUAUUGCGGACCUACUGACCACAGCACUUCUUGGGGUGCAGAGUGAGGAGCUCAGUGCAUUGUACAUGCUUCAUUAUAUCAAAAGUGGCUGCGGUAUCGACAAUCUACUAUCAGAUGGGAAAGACGGAGGCCAAUAUAUUCGAAACAGACAAGGAAACCAAACCAUCUCCAAAAGACUGGCUGAGGAUCUCGGAGCAGACACCAUAUUUUUCCGCAUGCCAGUCACUUCAAUUGACCAAAGGGGAGACAUCUGCGAGGUAACGACAGAGCCCGGAAAUGUCUUCCGCGGGUUGAAAGUCAUCGUUUCGGUUCCGACAAGCUUGUACAGCUCGAUUACCUUCAGCCCUCCGCUACCAAAGAACAAAGCAGUCUUAAGCGAAAAUGCUGUUAUGGGGUAUUACAGCAAAAUGAUCUUUGUUUUCAAGGAACCAUGGUGGCAGACCGGUGGAUCUUCGGGUGUUAUGGACUGUGAAACAGGCCCGGUCUCCUUCACUCGAGAUACAAGUGUGCCAAUAGAUGACCAGUGGUCAAUAACCUGCUUUAUCGUGGGAGAGCGUGGAAGGCAAUGGUCAAAGCUAUCUAAGGCAGCGCGCCUUGAGCAAGUUUGGGGGCAAUUCAGCCAGGCUUUUAGCCAAUUCGUCGACGAGAUCCCGGAGCCAUCAAAUGUUUUGGAGAUGGAAUGGGCUAAGCAGGCUUUCUUCCUUGGAGCUCCUUGUCCAGUGAUGACACCGGGGACGCUGACUACAGUGGGGACUGAGCUGGCCACACCCUUUAGAAACGUUCAUUUUGUUGGAACCGAGACAUCUCAUGUGUGGCGAGGAUAUAUGGAGGGUGCAGUGCGUUCGGGCCAGCGAGGAGGUGCGGAGGUGGUGGAAGCCUUAUCAAGAAGAUCAUAA